AUGGAUCAGGUUGUGGCAAACGAGCUGGCUUCAGGAGGACUGACUGAUUUCCUAUAUACCUACUUACUUGGGCUAGUCUGUAGGAGCUCAGGCUUAAAAUAUGCAUGGACUAUAUCGAAGACAGCAUUCCUUUGUCAGAAACCGACAAAAGGAGAAGAAAUUCGGUCACUAAACGAAUGCUUGCUGAUCGAGAUGCGUAACGUGAUGCUGAAGACGCCUUUGGGUAGCCCUCAGUUUGGCGAGGGGUAUAUCAGAUAA